CUACGUAGUGCGUGACGUCACAAGAUGGCUACACACAUAGUCCCUUCUUCAACAGUUUCACGGAACAGUGCUUGUGAAUAGUCGUUCGGCGAGUUACGCGUCAGUUUAGUAUUAUAGUGAAUGGUGUUCCUGCGUUAGUGUACGUGAUUUGGUUGUUUAGUUUCUGUGCACUAAACUGGUGAUCUGUUUUUCUUUGCUGUGAAAAUUUCGUUGCCUGCAAAAUGCCGUAUCGUUGUUGUGUGCCGAAUUGUAGAGGAAAUUACGACGGUGGACCAAAAGUAACCGUGUUUAAAUUUCCGGAGGAUGAAGCAACGAGGAAGAAAUGGUUGUCACGUAUUCGCAGACAUAACUUCACUCCUUCUUCAAGUUCAAGAGUAUGUCAUGUUCACUUCCACAAGGAUGAUGUUAUUUGGGAAACACAAAUUGUGGAUGAAAGGACUGGUCAGUUAUUAAGAGCCCCCCUUCUCAAACCACGUUUGAGACCACAUGCAGUUCCAUCACUACUCCCAAACUGUCCUUCCUACCUUUCAAAGGAAGAAAGUAGACGUGAAGGGCCAGAGGAGAAAAAGCAAAGGCUUGAAAAUGAGCAGUUAGCUGCAGCGUUACAAUAUAGUUUAGCAUCACAGAAGGACUAUGAAAACACUUUCAGCUUCAGUUCUUUAGAAGAGUUGAUGUUGCGUACGAAGGAAGUGGAUUUGCCCAACGAGUGGAGUGUGAUCGAAAAACACAGUGAUUUUGUUUGUUUUUUAAAGAUAAUAAGAAAUCCAGCACCAUUAAUCACACAUUCUGUCGUUAUAGAUAGUAAUUUAAAUGUUUCAUUGUUUAAGAAAGAUGUACAAAUUAAGACAUUAGGAAAAAGAUCUUUUCCUGUAAUUGUAACCAAUAUCCAUGAAAUUGUCAGUGUACUGCAGGAGUUUUCAGACACAGAUUGUGGGCACUCAGAAACUUCUAUAGAUAGUAUUGUAGAGAUAGUGAAAGACAGUCUAGGAGUGCUGAAAGACAGUUUACAGGAGAGUGAAAAGGAGAUGGUAGACUUUAUAUAUGAACAAGUUAGUCUCAUAAAUGUAAAGAAAUUUAAUCAUAGGUUUAGUUCUACAUUUAUGAUACUGUGUUGUUUGCUAUUUUCCAUUUCAUCUCAUGCUUACAAUUUUUUACGUAGCAGCUCAUUAAUGAAAAUGCCACAUCCAAGCACUCUGCGUAGGGUCUGCAGCAAAUUUAAUGUGAAUCCAUCUCACGAAAGGCUUGGGGGAAGUAAUUUCCUGUCCUAUGCAAGACAGAAAUUUCAAUACUUGAACAGCAAUGAUGUCAAUGUUGUUUUGAGUGUAGAUGAAAUUCAUCUAAAUUCUUAUUUGGAAUAUAAAGGAGGUAGUGUUUUGGGCAUGUCAUAUAACUCGGAAUGUGCUGCAAAUUCAGCAUUUGUAUUUAUGUUGCAGAGUGUCACGUCUUUGUACAGGGAUGUUGUUCACAUUUUACCGGUGAAAACCAUUUCAUCUAAUGCAUUAUACGAUGUGCUACUGGCCAUAAUAAAUGGCCUUGAACUAAUAGGCUAUAGGGUUUUUUGUGUGGUAACUGACAACAACAAAAUCAAUAGCAAAACCAUGUCAAUGUUUUCUCUGGAUAAAGCUGUUAAUAUAGUUUUUAAACAUCCAUCUGAUCCUAAUCGCCCACUUUUCUUUUUAAUUGAUGCCGUACACAUUGUUAAAUGCAUAAGAAAUGUGUGGCUGAACCAAAAAAAUGAUGGUAAAGAUAUGUUUUAUCCUCAGUUUCCAGUUAGAAAAGAAGUGGAAGAAAAUAAGUUUUCUGUAGCUUCUUUUAAAACACUGAAACAGAUUUAUGACAUAGAUUCCAGUUCUUUAGUAAAAUAUUGUCACACAUUGUCUCUCAAAUCACUUUGCCCUACAUCAUUAGAAAAACAGAGCAUGAAACUAGUGCUGCAGAUAUUCAAUCGACAUGUGUCAGAGGGCCUUGAGGUAGCUAGUGAUAAAUUUGAUUUGAGACAUGCACCAUCAACAGCAGAAUACAUUCGAAUAAUAACAAAAUGGUUUGAUGUCAUGAAUGUGAAAUCAGUGUUUAAAGGGAAACACAAACAGAAUCCUUAUAUGGAUCCGUUGACAACUGAUAGCGUUUCUAUGCAAUUUUUGCUAGAUUUUCUAGACUGGCUUGAUGUGUGGAAAGCAAAGGGUUUGUCAAGUGGGUUUCUCACAAAAGAAACAUUUUUUGCUAUUCAGCAUACAACAUAUGCCGUGGUAGAGAUUGCUCGAUACUGUACUGAAGAGCUAGGUAUGAGCUAUUUACUGACAGCCAAGCUACAAACAGAUGUGCUUGAGCGGCGUUUUGGAAAGUAUAGACAGCUUGCAGGUUCCCAAUACAAUGUUUCAGUGACACAAGUCUAUGAAGCAGAAAAGAAGCUUCGAAUUCAAAGUGUAAUGCCUUUAGUUUUAUGUUCUCCUUCCUAUGGCAAUAUCACAGUAGGGGCCAUAAAAAAUUUUAUGUUUUCUGAAGUUGAAGAAACAGACACAUUAGACAUAGAAGUCAGUGUAACUCAAGACGAUGUUCUUUCAGUGAAAGAUAUUGCAACGUCUUUAACUUUCAUUGCAGGCUACUGUGCUCAUGCAGUGAUUAAGAAGCUGAAAUGUGAGAGUUGCCUUAAUGAAAUUGUGAUUGAAAAGGAGUUGCCAAUAAACGAACAUUUUAGUUUGAUACAGAGACUUGAUCAUGGAGGACUAAAAUACCCAUCAGACACUAUUUUAAAUAUGAUUGUCUACACUUAUAUUGUCAUCAGCAAACUUCUCAAAGAACAUGAAAGAGAUUUUCUUGCCUGUACGAAUCAACGUGCUAUUGCCUGUGCAGUAGCACUUGCUACUCUUCACGAAAAUGACUUUUUAUUAUUUGAUGGGGUAUGCUGCAAUGGACAUUCAUCCCAGGCAAUAAUGAAAAGUGUUGUUUGGGUUGGUGUCAAUAUAUUUUUAAACAACUACUGUAAAAAGGUUAAUGGAAAAAAAAAUUCAAAAAACACUCAGCGAAAACUGCAAACUCUUACAACAUAAUUUUGAAAUCUUUA